AUGGAGCCGCCCCUCGGACGCCCCGCCGGCCUGGGCCCCGUGGACGCGCCCCCGCCUCGGCUGACUAAAUACAUUGUGCUGCUGUGUUUCUCGAAGUUUCUAAAAGCCCUGGGCCUCUUCGAAUCCUACGAUCUCCUCAAAAUAGUUCACAUCGUGCAGUUUGUCUUCAUCCUGAAACUCGGGUCUGCCUUUUUCAUGGUUUUGUUUCAAAAGCCAUUUUCUUCUGGAAAAACGAUAACCAGGCACCAGUGGAUCAAGAUCGUUAAACAUGCCAUCGCCGGUUGUGUGAUCACGCUUCUCUGGUUUUUUGGCCUCACCCUUUGUGGACCACUGAGGACCCUGUUGCUGUUCGAGCACAGCGAUAUCGUCGUCGUCUCGUUCCUCAGUGUUUGGUUCACUGGCUCCGGAGGAGGACCGACAAAGACGAGAGGCGCCGCUUUCUUCAUCAUCGCUGUCAUCUGCUUGUUGCUGUUCGAUAACGACGACCUUAUGGCGAAGAUUGCGGAGCACCCCGAAGGGCACCACGACAGCGCCCUAACUCACCUUCUCUACACGGUCAUCGCUUUCCUGGGCGUUGCAGACCACAAGGGCGGAGUCCUGCUGCUCGUGCUGGCCCUGGGUCUCAAGGUGGGCUUCCACGCGGCCUCCCGGAAGCUCUCCAUCGACGUCGGAGGAGCCAAGCGCCUCCAGGCCUUGUCCCACCUGGUUUCCACGCUCCUCCUCUGCCCCUGGGUCAUCGUCCUUUCAGCCACCACCGAGAGCAAAGUGGAAUGGUGGCCGUCGCUCGCCAUGCCCUUCGCCACGGCCAUCUUCUCGGUGGUGAUCCUGGAUUUCUACGUGGACUCCCUGUGCUCGGUCAAAAUGGAGGCGUCCAGAUGCGCCCGCUACGGGGCCUUCCUGGUGGUCCUCAGCGCCCUGCUCUUCGGGAACUUCUGGACCCACCCCAUCACCGACCGGCUCCGGGCGAUGAACAAGCCGGCCCACCGGGCCAGCACGGAGCACGUGCUGUCCGGAGGGGUGGUCGUCAGCGCCGUCUUCUUCAUGCUGGCGGCCAACAUCCUCUCCUCCCCGGCCAAGAAGGGGCAGAAGGGCACCCUGGUGGGCUACUCCCCCGAAGGGACGCCGCUCUACAGCUUCAUGGGGGACGCCCUGCAGCACGGCUCCCACUCCGUCCCCCGCUUCAUCAAGGAGUCCCUGAAGCAGAUCCUGGAGGAGAGCGACUCCAGGCAGAUCUUCUACUUCCUCUGCCUCAACCUGGUUUUCACCUUCGUGGAGCUCUUCUACGGGGUCCUGACCAAUAGCCUGGGCCUCAUCUCGGACGGCUUCCACAUGCUCUUCGACUGCUCGGCGCUGGUCAUGGGACUUUUCGCGGCCCUGAUGAGCCGGUGGAAAGCUACGCGCAUUUUCUCCUAUGGGUAUGGCCGAAUCGAAAUCCUCUCUGGUUUCAUUAACGGCCUUUUUCUAAUGGUGAUCGCAUUUUUUGUGUUCGUGGAAUCAGUGGCCAGAUUGAUCGACCCUCCGGAAUUGGACACCCACAUGUUAACCCCAGUGUCGGUUGGCGGAUUGGUAGUAAACCUUGUUGGUAUCUGUGCCUUUAGCCACGCCCACGCCCACGUCCACGGGGCCUCUCAAGGAGGCUGUCACGGCCACGAUCACAGCCACCCCCACCACGGACACGGAUACGGCCUCAGCCACUCCCACGGCGAUCACGGGCACAGCCACGGCCAUGCCCAUGGGGCCACGGGAGGCAUGAAUGCCAACAUGAGGGGCGUGUUCCUGCACGUGCUGGCCGACACGCUGGGCAGCGUCGGGGUCAUCGUGUCCACCGUCCUCAUCGAGCAGUUCGGCUGGUUCAUCGCCGACCCGCUGUGCUCCCUCUUCAUCGCCGGGCUGAUCUUCCUCAGCGUCAUCCCGCUCAUUAAGGACGCCUGCCAAGUGCUCCUCCUGCGCCUGCCCCCCGAGCAGGAGAAGGAGCUGAACGGCGCCCUGGCCAAGAUUCGGACCAUCGAAGGCCUGCUAUCCUACCGGGACCCCCACUUCUGGCGCCACUCGGCCAGCGUGGUGGCCGGCACCAUCCACGUGCAGGUGAUGGCGGACGUGACGGAGCAGAGGAUCGUCCAGCAGGUCAGCGGAGUCCUCAAAGACGCCGGAGUGAGCAAUUUGACCAUCCAGGUGGAAAAGGAGGCCUAUUUCCAACACAUGUCCGGCCUGAGUACGGGAUUUCACGACGUCCUGGCGAUGACGAAGCAGAUGGAAUCCCUGAAAUACUACAGAGACGGCACGUACAUCAUGUGAGGUGGGACGCCAUCCCCUCAGGGGGUCCGACGGGUGACGACCCCGACUCUGAACUCAGAGUAUCGUCCGGAGAGGAGACUCGCACCAGAGUGGACGGAAACAACGGACUCGGUUUGAAUUUUUUUUUUUUAAAAGGGGAAAAAAAAGCUCAAUCCCAUCAGAUCAGGGCGCUAUUUUUCUAAAGGAAAAUGGAAAACGGACCAGAACACCGAAUGCGUGGAAAGAAUGACCGCUUGAAUUACUGUACUUGGAGAUGAUUAAAAAAAAAAGGAAUCUUGCUCUAUGUGUGGGGGUGAGCACAAUGAAUUCAGAUCUCCCUGGGGCCGGGAUGAAAGAAAAAACAUCUCAUUAAACUGAGAGGGGAAAGCCCGAUCUGAGGAGGAGAUUCUCCUGUCGCGAACGGGUAGUUCCACAUCUCUCGCAAAGAGACAGAUUCCAGUUUUUCGGCUGUCUGAGGACCUGUCAAUGAGAAUGAAAAGUUCUAUAUUUAUGAAUUUUCUGUACGUAAAACAGGUUUCUAAUAUACUUUUACUACGCUUAAAGUUUGCGUGACCAUGAAGGAUUUUGACAUUUGGAUCCGGGGGCCGGGGGGAAGAGCCUAACUUGGAGAAAUCUCGGGGAGCGGGGGGGUGGGCAUGGAGGGACGCAAGCCGUGAGGAUGGGAAAAUGGGCCCAGGGCGGAAUCUGCACUCCGCCGGUUGUCAACCACUACGAUCAAUAAACAUUUUUAUACUUUU